AUGAGCUGGAAAUCAGCCGGUCAACUAAUCUCCGGUCCCCCUUCCUCCUCGUCUUCCGAACCAGUGGUCAAGCGACUCCGGCCCAACUCCUACGGUUCUUCAGCCUUUCAGAGAGAUACCGCCCACUUGUCGCACUACGGUCCAAACUCAGAUCUGGUGGCGGCAGACCUGAAAAGCAGGAAAUCCGAUUGGGAUGUCGUCAAGGAGAAUCAUAGAUUUAUAAGGGAUGAUGAAGAGCCGCAGAAUGUCAGUUGGGAAGAAAGGGUCGCUAGGGCUUAUGAGAGUAAGCUCUUCAAGGAGUUUGCAUUAAUCGACUUGAAACAUUACAAAUCCCAUCAAUUCGCACUUCGCUGGCGUAUCGCUCCGGAAGUUAUCAGUGGUGUAGGAGAAGAUACCUGCGGUUCAUUAAGAUGCAAAUAUCAUAAUCCACCUUCCACCACUUCCCCAAACGGAGGAGAACGAGAAAGACAAAUUAGUUUAUCAAAUUUACGAUUUAAAGAUCCCGAUACGGCCAGUUCAAGUCGUCUAUCCUCUGUUAGAAGAGAUCAUGAUGAUGAUGAUGUUGCAGAGGAUAUAGAUGAGAUACCGCCUUUGAGCAGUUACGAAUUGCCCUUUGUAUACAUGGAGGAUAAUCAACGGAAAGAGGCACUGGUGAAAGUCAGAUUAUGUGGGAGGUGUGAGAGGAAAUUGAAGUGGAAAUCUGAUGAUGAGCGGGACAAGAGUAAAAGCGAUGAGAAGAAAAGCAAAAGUAAUGGUAAAAGUAGAGAUAGAGAUAGAGAUAGAGAUAAUGGUGGACGUGACGAUCAAGAGAAACAAAGAGGGCCUAGAUCGAGGAAAGAAGUGGAAGAAGGUAGAGGGAGAUAUGAUCUGUCAGAUCCAUCAGACGAAGAUCACAAGCACCCGAGUAGGACAAAGGAUAGGGAGGAUGACAGAAAUACCAAGAGCAAGUAUAGAUCACAUUCAAGAUCAAGAUCAAGAUCACCUUCACGACAUAGAGAGUCUUCCAGAUCUUAUCAACAUUCACAACACCGUAGGUAG